AUGACCCCGAGGGCAAUAAGGAAGAUCGGGGAGGAGAGUGAUAAGUGGUUUAGGCUGGCUGCAGGAGUGGUCUCAGAUCCUGACCAAUCACGAAUGGAGGAGGCUUUAGCGGAGUGGGUGAUUAAAGAGGAGGAGACGGAGAAGAGGGAGGUGACUAUAGAGGAGAUUAUAGCGAAGGCAAAGGAGAUUGGGCCGGGGUAUAAGGUGCGGCCGAAUUUCAAGUGGGUGGACGAGCAGCAGGGGGCGGGAGACGAGGAGAGGGGAACCGGGGAGAGGGAUGUGGGAGAAAGGGAAAGUCGGGAGGGUGGUUUUGGGGGGGUUGAAGGGACUGAGGGGGCUGAUGCGGAUGGUGAUAAUGGUGGUGAUGGCGAUGGCAGUAGUGAUUGGGUUGGUGAUGGUGGUGCGGGUGGUGGUGCUGAUGGUGAUGGUGCUGCUGCUGCUGCUGGUGCUGCUGCUGGUGCUGCUGCUGGUGGUGGUGAUGGGGAUGGUGGUGGUGAUGGUGAUGGUGCUGCUGCUGCUGCUGGUGCUGCUGCUGGUGCUGCUGCUGGUGCUGCUGCUGGUGGUGGUGAUGGGGAUGCCACAGAAGCUGGUGCUGUCAUCAUCCUCACAGCGGAGGGGGAAGCACUGGAUGAGGACAACAGUGAAGGAGAAGAAGCAGAACGAGGCCCAGUGGCGCUCGUCGUACUGGAUGGGGAUGAUGCAUCCGAGGAGGGAGGUCUAGGCCACUCUGAUGGUGCACGCGCAGCAGGGUCCGAUACAGACAAGGGUGGUUGUAAUGCUCACAGCACGCCCACUGGCGUCUCUUCCCCCAUACCCAUUGUUCUCGCCCUUGCUGCCGCCAACGAUCCCGAUACCCCCACCACAACCCUUCCCACCUCUUCCCAAGCUGCCCUGGCUUCUCAAGCCUCGAACCCCCCCAAUUCCUCCCAAGCCGCAUGGGCUGCCGAAACCACAGAAAAGGCUCCUAUCCCCCCCUAUUCCGAUGAUUCGAAGCGUUGCACGGUCAGGGAGCUGACGGUGGGUCAGAAGCGCGCCUUCUGCCUCGUGCGCCACGCCCUGCCGUACCUGCGCCGAACCAACAUCCACGAGCUCGCCAAGGCUGCGCUGCCGGCUUGGGGAGCGCGCGUGUCGUUUGAUACUGUAAAAGGCAUGGCGAAGGAGCUAGGACCGACUUUAGACGCUCCUCCUGGAUUCAAGUACGCGGAGAACUGGGUGCGGAGGGUUAUAGCGCGGUUCCAGGCAAAGGCGAGGAGUGAGGGGGAGGGGCGAGCGGAAGGGGUGGAUGGGGAUAGGGUGGAGGGUGGGGAGGAUGAGGAGGGAGUGGAUGGGGAUUGGUCAGACGAGGAGUCGUAUGGUGAUGGGGAGAGUGAUGAGGAGAGUGAUGAGGGGGAGGAAGAGGAUGAGAGUAACGAGGGUUCAAGUGAGGAUGAUGAUGUGGUGGAGGUGGGAGGAGGAGGUGAAGGGGGGAAGAAGAGAGGGCGGAGCGGGGAGACAGCAGCGCAGAACUCGGAGCAUGCAAGGGGUGGGAAACGGGGGAAAAUCGCCACACCUUCGGGAGACAUACAAGUUGCUGCUGCUGCUGCUGCUGCUGCUGCUGCUGCUACUGCCGCCGCUCCUUGUGCCGGGGCUGAUCAGGACCCGCACCGGUAUGCGCUGCACAAGUGGGCGGACGAUCCGGACCUUUCCAGCCUCAUGCGGUGCGUGCUCGGGCCAGACUGGCUCACACAGUGCACCCGAAGAGGCGGCAUUGCGUAUGAGAACAACGGCAGCUUGACUGCUGAUGCUGCUGUUGCCGACUGCCGCCCUCCCCGCCAUCGCCGUGCGGUUGCUACAGGCGCUGCUACUGCUGCUGCUGGGUUCAGCAGUUCUCUGGCUGGUGCGGCCGGUGGCCGUACCGUUAUGUACCGUUAUGAACCGCAUGGGGAUUCAUGGACAGCUGUCGCUGCUGGUGCUCGAGUCACAAGGAGCCAGGCUUUCGCAAGAACAGCAAGAGGAGUAGGAGGAGGAGGAGGAGGAGGAGGAGGAGGAGGAGGAGGAGGAGGAGGAGGAGGAGGAGGAGGAGGAGGAGGAGGAGGAGGAGGAGGAGGAGGAGGAGGAGGAGGAGGAGGAGGAGGAGGAGGAGGAGGAGGAGGAGGAGGAGGAGGAGGAGGAGCGGGUAUAGCAGGCACGGCAGGUGUCAAAGGGGCUAUUCAAGGAUCAGGAGAUGGUAACCAGCAGCAGCAGAUGCUGCUGCUGCUCACUCUCUUGGCCGCACAGGCCGCAGGAGGAGGUGCCGGAGGGGGCGUGGAGGGGGGUGUGGAAGGGGGUGUGGGAGGGGGUUUGGGAGGGAGUGUGGGUUUAGGUGGUGAGAGUGGGGAUGGAGAGGGGAAGAGGAGGGGUGAAGGACGGAGUGUGAGGGAAGUGGGCGGCAGAAAGCGGGCGGCAGAAGUGAUUGAGCUCUCAGAUGAUGACAAAGAGGAGGAGAAGGGAUCAGAUGAUGAUGUGGUGGAGGUGAGGGGGGGUGGAUGGGGGAAAGGUGCGAAGGGUGGUGGUAGAAGCAGCGGCAAGAAGCGACGGCGGGAGAAGGAGAAGGAGAAGGAGAAGAAAAAGGAGAAAAGGAUAGCAGCUACAGCCGCACCACCUGAUUCACCAGAGGCUGAGAUCACAGGUGCUACAGCCGCAUCACCUGAUUCACCAGAGGCUGAGAUCACAGGUGCUACAGCCGCAUCUGUAGCAGCUACAGCCGCACCACCUGAUUCAGAGGCUGAGAUCACAGGUGCUACAGCCGCACCACCUGAUUCACCAGAGGCUGAGAUCAGAGGUGCUACAGCCGCAUCUGUAGCAGCUACAGCCGCACCACCUGAUUCACCAGAGGCUGAGAUCACAGGUGCUACAGCCGCAUCUGUAGCAGCUACAGCCGCAUCACCUGAUUCACCAGAGGCUGAGAUCACAGGUGCUACAGCCGCACCACCUGAUUCACCAGAGGCUGAGAUCACAGGUGCUACAGCCACAUCUGUAGCAGCUACAGCCGCAUCUGUAGCAGCUACAGCCACACCACGUGAUUCAGAGGCUGAGAUCACAGGUGUUACAGCCACAUCUGUAGCAGCUACAGCCGCAUCUGUAGCAGCUACAGCCGCACCACCUGAUUCACCAGAGGCUGAGAUCACAGGUGCUGAAAUUGAUGCCGUGGACGCCACCAUUGGCAAGCUCCUUGAAGGAAAGGAUUCUGACACACCUGUAGCUGCUACAGCUUGUGAAAAUGUGGAUGCGACAACUGAGGCUAAUGCUGUAGCUGCUACAGCCGAUGAGGUAAUGGCUGUAGCCGCUACAGCCGAUGAGGUAGUGGCUAUAGCCGCUACAUCUGGUGAGGAUACACAAGAAAAGAUGGAACGACAGGUGCCUAGAGCAACAGUCACGGAUGAUAUGGAAGUGGAUGGAGGUACGGCUACAGGCGGUAAGGCAGGGGAUCUCACAGUAGCUACAGCUGGUGAGACAGGGAAUGGCACAGCAGCACCUACAACCAACGAGGCUGAAGAUGCCACAGCAGCGACAGCUGAUGAUGAGGCAGGAGGAGACGCCACUGUUGCGGCAAAGAACAUGGCUAGUCCAAAGGAGUGCCCACAGGGGAGGAAAAGGGCUAGAACCAGUCCAGAUGCUGACAAUGAUGAUGCAUGUGGUGCUACGGGCGAUGGUGCUACAGAUGGUGGUGAUGCAGGUGGUGGGGGUGCUGUUGCUGGUGCUACAGGUGAUGGUGCUACAGGGGAUGGUGAUGCAGGUGGUGGUGGUGCUACAGUUGUUGCUACAGGUGGUGGUGCUACAGACGAUGGGGAGUCAAAAGCGAUUGCGCCGAUGCAUGUGGGAGGCAAUGAGCACGAGGCAAAGGACGCAACGGAUGUGGAUGCGGAUGUGGAUGUGGAUGUGGGUGUGGAUGGAGGAGAUGAUACUGCAGCAGGUGAUGAUGGGGAGGCAAGAGGAGAUGAUGGUACGAAUGAUGUUGCACCUCAGCAUGGUGAGGCAAAGGACUCAGUUGAUGUUGAUGUGGAUGUGGAUGUGGAUGGAGAAGGAGAUGAUGCAGCAGCAGGUGAUGAUGGGGAGCGAAGAGCCACAGCGCCUGCUGCUAUCGCCCUAACUGCCUCUUGA